AUGGAAACGCUGUCGCCGGACGAAGUCCCGAAUAAAGGUCCCUUAUUUGUCCAGGUGACGGGAGUCUUGACGGCCCUGGCUGGUUUCCUGGUACUCUAUCGACUUCUUUGGAAGGCACAUACGAAAAACAGACUGGCUGCCGAUGAUGCGCUCAUCGCAGUGUCCAUGGUAUUCCAAAUCGUGAAUACAGUUAUGGGCGAUCUGGCAUGUCAUUACGCCUUUGGUCGCCAUCUUGUCGAUGUCCAACGAACAGGGGGAAAUAAGGUCCUAGCCCUGAAGUUUUUCUGGCUCUUUCAACUCUUCUACAAACUCGUCCUCGGUCUCAACAAACUCUCCUUCCUCGCCUUCUACCUCCGUCUAUUCCCUACGCGCACAUUCCGCCUCGUCUGUUGGACCAGCAUCGCCUUCGUGAUCUCCACUACAUUCAGCUUCGUUAUCGCCACCAUCUUCCAAUGUAUCCCCAUUCACGCCAGUUGGCAUAAAGAGAUUCCAGCGAAAUGUGUCCAGAACGCCAGUUUCCGCUGGUCAUGGGCGGGCAUCAACACGGGGCUUGAUAUCUGGGUCUGUCUCCUACCGCUCCCAGUGCUUGCACAGCUCCAGCUCGACCGCAGUCGGAAAAUCGGCGUCAUGUUAGUCUUCUGCAUGGGUCUCUUCGUCUGCAUCACGAGUGUCAUCCGCAUGUGGGCAAUGGUAGCCAGUACAAAGACGCACGAUCCGACAUGGGGAUCCUUCGACGCGCUGAUUUGGAGUGCCAUUGAAGCCAGCACGGGAAUCAUCUGCGCAUGCUUGCCGAUGCUGAAACAUCCGAUUCAAAAACUACUUCCGGGCUGGUUCAGUUCCUUAUCGAACGGGUCGAGGAAGAGCCGGAGUCGGUCGAGAGCAAAUUACCAGAUGAGUCGGUUGGGGUCGCAAUCUGGGGUUCGGACUACUGCUCAGGCUGACGAAGAAGACUUGGAUGCCGAUGCUGGGAGCAUGGGUAGCCAGGAGCGGUUGGCGAAGAAUCAGAUUCUAAUACAGACGGAUCUUAAGAUGCAUAGUGAGCCGGCUCGCUCGUGA